UCGAAGCGCCAUCCAGUGCGUUGCCGGCGCUCGACCCGCGUGCACGUGUCGCGACAAACAAACGAACUCUUUUCGCGUGUGUUGUGCUACGAUUACGAUACUGAAUGGAAUACGACAAAAGUCAACUGAUUUAAGUUUACAGAAACUUAUGUCCAGUGACAUUUCGUGUGGAGUGCGACGUGGCAGUGAUGCCGUGAAUAUGUACUAACAAUAUCGAAAUACUUACUAAUUAUUAUUGUAUUAAUGAGUGAUAGUGUGUGUUGUGUUAUGUGUUCAUUUGUAACGGAUGACCUUGUGUUGAUUUCCUCAUGUUACCCUGGAUAAGAUAAUUUGAGGCGAUGGAGAACAGAGUGGGCCUGGACUACAUAGUGGAACAUGCGGAGUACACGGGCAAGCUCGCGGCGGCGCUCACCUCGCCCGCCGCGCCCGUCAAGAAGCAGGUGUUCGAGCUGCUGUCAGCGUUGUGUGUGUACAAUGCUGAUGGAUACGCCCGGGCAGUUGAUACGCUGGAGAGAUACAAGACCCUGAAGGGCGAGAGGUACCGCCUCAGCGUGGUGGUGGAGGAGCUGAAGAACGCCAGCACCACGGACUACCGCACGGCGCUGGUGGCCUUCAUCAACUGCCUAAUCAUAUCAGCACCGCGCCUGCCCGACAGGAUCCGCGUCAGGAAUGAGUUUAUUGGACUGGGUCUGCUGCCAACUUUAAACAACUUGAGACAUGAAGCAGCCAGUCAUCCAGACCUGGGCGUCCAGUUGGACGUGUUUGAGGAGCAGCGCGAGAGCGACGAGGCUCAGGGUCCAGGCGGGAUCAACCUCAACUCACACCUGGAUGUGUUCUAUGCCAUACUUAAACAAGUAGCCGACACUCCUCAAGAGAUCCCGUUCCUGAGCAUUCUGCAGCACCUGCUGCGGAUCGACCCGAAGGAGCCGGUGAGCGACAUCGUGUGGGACACGGCCGAGACACUGGUGCACCGCGCCACGCUACUCGAGACACGCGAGGAUGCCGCCAAGCUGCUCAGAGCUCCCAGUGUGCAGGCUAAGGUGGGCUGCACGUGUCAACAUCGAGAUAUGUCAAGCGGUGGUAGAAAGCAGAGCCUGCAGCGAGCACUGUCGCCACCGCCGCCGCCACCACCACCUGUCAUGAUGCCUAGUCCAGCGAUCCCACCCCCUCCAGCCCCGAUGCUGCCCCCUCCCCCGCCGUGCGGCCCGCCCCCGCCGCCGGUCCCGCCGCCGCCGUCCGCCUGCGCGCCCGCCCCGCCCGCCCCCACCCUCGACAUCAAGCUGCCGCAGCAGGAGACGCCUAUACCCAAGACUAAAAUGAAGACUAUUAACUGGAAUAAAAUACCUAAUAACAAAGUAAUUGGACAAAACAACAUCUGGUCGCUCGUGGCUUCCAGUCACAAACACUCACCAAAAGCCGAACUGGACUGGAGCGAGAUCGAGGGACUUUUCUGUCAACAGAUACAGCCAACAGGAUCAGCAGGAUCUUCUCCAAGGCUCGGCCGGAGUCCGAUCUGCGACAGCUCGGGGGAGAGGAAGCCCAGGAAGGAGUCUUCGGAGAUCACACUCCUGGACGGCAAGAGGAGCCUCAAUGUUAAUAUAUUCUUGAAGCAGUUCCGAAGUUCCAAUGAAGACAUUAUUCAGUUAAUCCGUGAAGGAUCUCACGACGACAUCGGUACUGAGAAGCUGCGAGGUCUGCUGAAGAUAUUACCAGAAAUAGAUGAGUGUGAGAUGCUGAAAGCCUUUACCGGUGACGUCACAAAGCUGGGUACUGCUGAGAAGUUCUUAUUGCAGCUGAUACAGUUACCAAAUUACAAGCUACGGAUUGAGUGCAUGCUGCUAAAAGAAGAAUGGGCAUCCACAAGUGGUUAUUUGGAAAGUGCCAUCAAUGCGAUCUUGGUAGCUGGUGAUGAUCUGAUGUCUUCAAGAGCUUUACAGGAGGUGUUAUACAUAGCAUUGAUAGCUGGUAACUUCCUGAACGCCGGCGGGUACGCGGGAGGUGCGGCGGGUGUCAAGCUGUCAUCCCUACAGAAGCUGCCUGAUAUCAGAGCUAACAAACCUGGUGUCACGCUCAUGCACUAUGUCGCUAUGCAAGCAGAAAAGAAGAACAAAGAACUCAUCCACUUCGCGGACGACACUCGAGUUCUAGAAGAAGCUGCUAAGGCCAGCGUGGAACAGCUGCACAAUGAGAUCAAGACCCUCGCCAACAGGAUCCAGGGCUUGAAGAAGGAGAUCCUGCUGCCAUCCACGCAGCAUGACAUCAAGGAGCAGAUGGGGGACUUCUUGCAUGUAGCAGAACAGGAGGUAUCAGCUCUUAACAAAGACAUGGAGGAGGUCGAGAGCAUACGGAAGCAGCUCGCCGAGUUCUUUUGCGAAGAUCCCGUGUCCUUCAAACUCGAAGAGUGCUUCAAGAUGUUCGUUUGGUUCUGCAGCAAGUUCAGGUCAGCUGUGGCUGAUAACGAGCGGCGGAGGGCGAAUGAGGAGCAGGCCGCUGCCAGGAGGAGGGCUAGAGACCUCGCCGCUGCUAGAGUUAAAACUGGUAGCGGUAGUGUCUGCAGCACUCCUGUGUCUGAGUGCGAGUCCCUCAUGGAGUCCUUACUGCUGGACAUCAGGAACGGACUAGGCAGGAGGUCCUUGAGGAAACCGCAUGACCCGUCACCUUCACCAGAUGUGACUCCCACAGGCAGCCUGCGCCGGCGCAGUCGCGCCAGCCCGGGUGACGACGAAGAAGGCUUACUGGAGUUCCUGCGACACUCCUCACCUGCCGCCAACGAUCUGAGGGAGAGGAGUGCAUGGGGCAGUCUCGACCGCUCGUGGUCCCGGCGCGGCGCCCCCCGCGCGCGGCUGGAGCUGCCGGAGUCCCGCGAGCGGCCCGCGUCCCCGCGCACGCCGCUCACGCCGCACGCGCCCGCGCCCGCCGAGCCCGCGCCCGAGCCUGACGCCGCGCCCGCUAAGCCCAAGGAGUGGCGACAGAAGAUCGAGUCGUGGCUGCGCGCGAGCAGCCAGGAGGAGUCCCGGCCGCGGCCGCGCGCCGCCAGCAGGCUCCACGCCGACAAGCGCUCCUUGGAAAACGACUCCGAGAGCGAGCGUAGCGCAACGUUGGAGCCCCUGCCUGAGGGUCGCGCUGAGUGGAGGCCCGCUGUGCUGCCGGACAGCGACGUGGUCAAGGCACUCGAGACUGUCGAAGAUGUACAACCACAGAAAAAGGACAACAGAGUACCUUGGAGGAAAACGGAAGAGAACGAAGAAAUGAGAAGGCUCAGGAGGCAGCGGUCGCGACAGCAGAUAGAGUCACCGCAACCUUUGAUAUCCAUCACCGAGGAGCAGCGGAAACUGCCUGACAUAAAGGUCACAAGUGACAGGGACCUCAAACUGCAGAGGUUUGAAAAAACGGAUAGAGUAGAUAUCGACUCUGAAAAUAUUGAAACCCCACCAGUCCAAAGAAGAUUCAACUCAUCAUUCAACCCUCCGCCAGAGAGAGAGCCCUGCAGGAAGUUCCAACCGUCUCUACCCUCACGAUCCAAUGUCAAUGACAAAGCUACCACAGAAAUGAAAGAUUUAUGUCAAGAAAUAUUAGGAGAUGGCCAGUUCGAUAGAUUCUCUGCCGCCAGAAGAACAAGAAGGUAUAAGAGAAAUACUGAUUCCAGUUCCCCGGAAGAGGAGAAGAAACCUGAACCUGCCCCAGAAUUAGUAGCCGAAACUCAAGUCAUUAGGCCUUCAAAGCUAGAUGUUCAGGCAUCGUAUAAAGUAGAAGCACCUCAAGAAAUAGCAAAACCAAUAGAAGCAAAGGAAGAAAAAGAAACCAGGCUGAAGAGGUGGCAAGACAGACUAAAGAACCAAAGCACAGACAAACCGACCAAAGAUACAAAGCCAUACCUUCGAAUGAGACGGCAGACUUCCAUAAACCAGGAAGAUGUUCAGAAAGCAAUAAGAGAACUCAAAUCUCCAGCUGAUAACCCUACGGGAGUGUGGUCAAGGGAUGCCUACAGAAAAUCACUCAACACGAAAACGGAAAAAGUUACAGAAAAGCUUCCAGAACGAACAACAUCACCAAGGAUGUCGAAAGUCAAAAGCGAGCACGAGCUGAACGACGAAGGCUUCGAAGAGACUCAGAGCCUGAACUCGGAGAGCGCAUCCCAAGGUGCUUCGUCAGGCUGCAACGUUGAGUGCGAAUCCCCAGUGCCCAAAAUCUCCAAGUCCCCAGUUGUCCCAAAGAAGAUUUCUACCAAAGAGACGAGGACGCCUCCUCGUACGCCCAUAGACCCCAAACGCGUGAUCCCGAAACGGGCUAGUUCGUUGAGAGUGGAGAGGUCCACUUCCCGGGCCUCGCUGCGUAGCUCUAGAAGUUCUCUGAACAGUUCGACAUCAGUGUCGACUGUGAAACGAGUUCCGCCAGCUCCAGUGAAGCCAGCACCCAAGCCAGUGCCGAAGCCUAUAUCCAGGAUGCCGGCUUCCAGGUCUUCUUCCAGCGGCAGUUCAGUAGGGACAACUAGGCCACCUUUAAAAAGUGUUAGCAGUAGGACAACGACGUCAGGUUUUAUGAGACCCACUCAGGCCUCCAAAGGUAAGGUUGGAUUGACCGCGCAACAAGUUCUGAGAGCUAGUGUUAAAUAAUUCGUGCUAUUUUACCAUGGUAGAGAACUGUAGAAGUAUUUAAAUAGUUCUUCUAUGUAUUUAGAUGGUGCUAAUAAAAAACAAAGACAACAGUCAAGACCAAACAUUUACCGCGGGUAUUAUACAAACCAGUGAAAAAGCAACAAAAAAAGUAUUGCAAUCUUUUCUUUCUUUUUUCCGCGGUAUCUAUUUUAAUGUGAGAAUCCAGUGCCUUGUUUUCCGACCAGACUUGUUAGUAAUAAUUUAAAUAAAAUAUAAAAAAAUAUUAAUCUUUAAAUAAACAGAUAAUUAUUGGAAACUUCAGAUAAAUAGGCGCUAGAAUCUCAAGAAAAUCUGAAGUUUUCAAUGACUGAUUAUUUUAUAAUAAGUUUAAAGAUAAGAUCUGUUUACAAAGAAAGAUAAUACGUAAUGAACCCGUACGUAAUUUUUAUUUUUAUUAUUAUGUGUUUAUUUAAUUUAAUGAAAAUAUAAAUUCAAUUAAUGUGCCACGAGUUAGUACGGGUAUUUUAUUUAAAUUACCAUUUUUAUAAAAUAAAUUUAAGGGCAACACUGAGCUUACGAUUUAAGGAAAUUUUCAAAUUCUGCUGAAAUUAAAAAGGUAAUAAAAAUAUUAUAUGGUUCAAUAAUAUUUUCUUUCAAUAUAAGGCACAAUUAUAAAAAAUGCUAUCCUUAUCCAACUUACUCAGUCGGAGUAAGUGAAAAAGAGAUAGCUGUGUGUUCGGCAGCGCGGCUUUAAAUCGUUUGAAAUAAAAUAUUAUUUAACCCACAAAUAAAAAGUAAUUGAAAAUUUCCAUAAACUGAACCAGUUAUAUCCCAGUUAUCAAAGUCAUUAAUUUUUGUAUCGAAUUAUGUACUAAUAAUUUUAUAUUUUAUGAAAUAAGAACAGCCCUCACUUCUAAAAAUAUUAAACGAAAAUUAUUUUUAAUAAAAAAAAAAGUCUCAAAAACAGUGUUAUACUUUUUUUUAUAUUUUUAUAAGUGAGAGUAAAAACCUUUAAUUGAAAGACGUACAUCAGAUCUGAUUCGUUUAAAUAUCCAUAGAUCUUGAUCAAAGGGACACAUUGUCACAAAGUUUAAUAUAAAUAAAUGUAAGACUUAACCCAAUAUUUUAUUGUAAGUGUUUAUUAACUAAACGAUAUACAAUAAAUUUGACAUAUUACGACAUACAA